AUGGAACCUAAACGAGCUCAUCCACUAACAGUUAUAACACUUAUUCUUCGAAACUCAGAGACAUACGGCGACCCCAAGUGUAACCAAGAAUACAGGUCACUUGGGCUUUGCAUGCCCGAAAAGGGGGCAGUUCAAUUGCCGUUAACAUAUGAGAUUCACGUGUACAUGUUUUUUGGAUAUAAAUUACGCAUUGUUAUCGUGUUAUCUGUGUUCGUCUACUAUGCUCACAAGCAUAAUCCAAACGAUGAGUCUUUUAGAAAUUACAUGUUAACCAGAGAGGAAUCGAAAGACAACUCUGCUUCUAAUUCUUCAAAAGAACUUUUCAAAUUUUUCAAUAAACUGCUUGUAGGUCAACCGACUGUCCCUGAAUUUUAUCACAAUGAUUACUAUUGUUGGUCUAUUGUUAAAUUAAAAGACGGAUCAGCUUCAUAUAUAGGUUUCUAUGAUAAAUGGUACUUAUUGAGUAAGAUUGAAAUAAUCAGUUCAGGAAGAAAUAAAAAACAAUCUGAUUCUGCUACUGAAAUGCAGAUUCUAGAAGGAUCUGCAUACAAUGAAAAAGAAGCUGCGAUAAAGGCAAAAGGACAACGGGAUUAUAAUAAGGCUGCGAGGUUAUUUCUGUCUGCGGCAAAAAAAUUCCAAAAAGUUGGCGACGACUCCAACCUCUUGGAGGCUGCCAUCUGCUACGAAGAUGCGUACAAGGCUUUUCAACAGACGAAUCAAAUAGAUAAGGCCCUCGAGGCAUUAGAAACGGCCGCCUCAAUUUAUGAGACGAGUGACAGACAAAAUUCCCGUGCCGCUCGAACAUACGAGAAGCUCGGAGAACAAUAUAAAAAGAUUACCAACCCCGAUAGAGACUUGGAGAAGGCAAUAAAUAUGUAUCGGAAAGCUGGUCUCCUCUUAGAAUUAGAGGGCGACGGUCGUUAUAUAUUUUCACUUAUAUCACAGGCGGAAUUGUCCGCGGAAAUUGGACAUUAUGAACAAGCGAUAGAAUUAUUUGACAUGAUAAUCGUUUUUGCGUCAAAUGAUUCAUUGCUCAAUUUUAAGAUCAAGGAUCAUAUAUUCUGGCAGUGUAUGUGUAUUAUCGCCUUAGAGGAUUGGGUUAGACUUGAGAUUCGAUUGAAGGAAGCUGUUGAACAGUAUCCCUCUUUUGCCGAUAGUCGAGAGCGCGCUUUUAUCGAUGACUUAAUUACGGCUAAGAAUGCUUGUGAUCCAUCUGAAUUCGCGACAGCCUGUAAGAAGUAUGAUCAAUUAACAAAAUUGCUACCAUGGCAGACUAGUGUCUUACUGCGAGCAAAAAAAGAUUUAGAAUCCGAAGAUUUGCGAUGA